GAGAGAGAGAGACGCAGAGGCUUUUUAAUUUAUCUGAAGCUUUGACGUGCUCCAUGGCUGGUUACUAUAUUUCUGAAGCUUUCGGUCACUGAGGAGACGAUGGAAAAGAGGAAUGAGAAGUUGUUCUCAAGAAAAAGAAGUUUCACAUUUGGAGCCUAUGGAGGGAUUGACAAAUUUAUCAGUGGCAAUGAGAGCAGUCGGUCAGAUUCUAUAGGACACACCAUUCUGGACAUCCUGGACUCUCCAUCCAAUGAGACCAAACCUUUUGUACCCACUAACUCCAACCAGAAGGUGACGGAGCUGUUUGAGAUUAUUGAAAAGCUACAGGGCAGCAGAUUAGAUGAGCAGCGCUGCGAGUUUCCUCCACCUUUCAAGUCCCGGCUACUGAAAAUCGGAGACGGCCUACCCCUUAUCCUAUCUCCUAAAUCUGGAGGUUACUGGAUCGACCCCCCGCUGGACAAACGUGUGGAGACAAGCCCCACAUCCUCACAGGCUGCGUUCGGCCUGGAAAGCUAUGACAUCAUGGAGAGAGACAGCGAGGCCAAGAUGUACCAGGAGUUCUUCAGGCACAGGUUCCAUCAAAACUUCACUGCUGUGGACCCGUCACUAGGACCGCUGGUUCUGUCCAUCUGUUUGGAGGACGAGGAGAACAAACUGAGAGUGAUCCUGAGGUUGAACGAGUGCUCUCUGCAUGGGACGUUUUCCAUUUCUCUUUUUCCACAACUCCCCACGGCGGUGGAGCUCGCAAAGAUGCUGUGUUCCAAUGUGAGUGUGUCCACUUUUGAGGUGGUCAGCUACCUAAAGGCUCCAGAGCUCAUAACGACAUUUGAUGAGCACAGGAUGUCUCAGAACUUUAAGUUUGGGGUCUUAUAUCAGAAAGAAGGGCAGUUGACAGAGGAGGACAUUCUCAGUAACAAUGAAGAGAGUGAGGAGUUUAAGGACUUCCUCUCCAUACUGGGACAAACAGUCAAACUGCGAGGAUUCUUGGGGUUCAGAGGUGGACUAGAUGUGUCUCACGGCCAGACAGGAAGUGAGGCAGUGUUCACAUCCUUCCAUGGGAGAGAGAUCAUGUUCCAUGUUGCCACUAAACUGCCCUUUACAGAUGGAGAUGCUCAACAGCUUCAGAGGAAAAGGCACAUUGGGAACGAUAUUGUCGCUGUGGUUUAUCAGGAGGGUCACACCCCUUUCAUCUGUGAUGUCAUCAGCUCCCACUUCCUGCACUGCUUCAUUGCUGUGAGGAGGGUGAAGCGGGAGAAUGGGGCUGAUGGUGGAGAUGGAGGGGCAUUUCAGGUGUCUAUCACUGCUAGAGGGGAUGUUCCACCUUUUGGACCACCCCUCCCUAGUCCUCCCAUUUUUUCAGAGGGCUCUGUGUUCCGGGAGUUUCUCUUGACAAAGCUCAUCAAUGCUGAGAUUUCCUGUUACAAGGCUGAACGUUUUAGUAGACUAGAGUUGCGGACACGUUCCUCACUUUUGGAGGCGCUGCGCUCAGAACUGUCCUCCCGCUCCCAGUGCAUGGUGGGAGAACCUGUGCAGACUGGUGCCCCUCUCAGUGAGGGGACAAGGGGAGCUACAGAAGGUGGAGGAGGUUUCAUUGAGAACUUCAAGAGAGCUAUCAGAGUGCGCAGUCACUCUUUUGACACGCUGGGAGGUACAAAGAAGGCAGGAGGGGCAGGAACACCAAAGCAAAGGUGAGUCAGGCCAGAAGAUGCCCAUUCCGGUGAGCGACAGCCUGGCCUCUACAGAUGUCAGAGGUCACACAAGCCCCCAGGAAGACAUGUAGCACACUGCCUGGUGACACCAAUCGUAAAGAUUAUCCUUGUCUGACAAGAGACAAGACUGGAUAUUUCAGUAUUGAGGAAAUCAGAAUAAGAUACACCCCAGCUUCACUACAAAGACCAGUCAAAAGAUAGAGACCCCAUUGCCUUGGAUUUGUAUCUGUCUCAGUCGGUACAAAAAAAUAUAAUAGUAUAAUUAUCUCAAUAUUUUUGUCCCUGAACAUGUAAAAUAUGAUGUGCACAAAUUAUAUAGAUAUUUUUUAUAGAUAACUAGUAAAUUACACACCUUAGACAAGUAUUCAUAAAAGAAUGGGAUUCUUUGGAGCAGCCGCACACGGUCAGAUAAAAGAAUAAAAAGCCCCCCACCUAAUUCAACAUUCAUGAAUUUAGAAGCAUAAUGUUAUUACUAGAGAACAUCCUCUGUUUUACUUUACUGUCCAUGAUUAAACAUGUAAACUCAUGAGCAGAGAAAAAGAGUAGAAGCCAAACCCGAUCCUGUACUGAGCUACAGUGGAAACAUAUUUAGACACGAAAAUGCAGGUGAAUUCUGUUGUACUACUAAACUAACACACAGAAGUAGCUCAGAUUAUUUAUGUAAAAUUAUUUAAUUAAACAACUACACAAAUUCAACUUCACAUCGUAAAGGCCAAAGCUUCAAAUAAUAGAACAGGUUGGCUUAAUUACAGUAAUGGAGUUUAUAGAACUUUUUAUCAUUACCCUAAAUGUAUUGGAUUCGCCAAGAAAUGUGUUUGAAGUUUGUAGUGGAGUUAUGAGGUAGCUAGAUUUCUGGUAGAGAACAGAAUGCAUGGUUCGGUCAAUGAUACGUUCCUCAGGACCCUGAAGCAACAUAGCAACCCACACCAUCACAUGUCUCUGUAUUUAACUUUUGGUAUGCUGUUCUGUCCGAAUUUUUGUGUAAAAAACGUUUUGCCCUUUGACGUAAGAAGACACACAUCAUCCAGAAAGUGCUGCUUUUGACUAAAUAGACCAAAGAAGAUUAUUCUAAAUGACUUGGUGUCAUAACAUUUUACAUUCAAUAUGUAAAGACGCUUAAUGUAUUUUGUUCCACGGGUGUUUAUCUCUUUUUAUUGUAAGCUUUAACUGAAGCAAGUGAGGCCUGUAGUUCCUUAGAUGUUAUUCAAAAUUUUUGGUGAUUUCUCUGAGAAGUCAUCUCAUGGAGAAUUUUUGUGGCCACUUCUAAAACAUCAAGGUUUUCUCCAGUUGGUUCUCCAGAAAUGGCUUUGUACCUUUUUAGACUUUAAGGAACUUAAACUUUUCUUUUCAUUCCUUCUGGAUUUUCUUCGGCUUUUUGGCAUGAUGUGCUUCUUGUUGAGAUUGACUUAUGAACUAAUAUAUACAAAGUUUGUUGAAAAGGACACAAUUACUAUAAUCAAUUCCUUUUUUUUUUCAAAAAGAAAUUACAUCAUGAUAAUUUACCUACAGAAAUGAAAUAAUUUUACAAAAAAAAAAAAAAAAACUAAUAAUUAAUUAUAUGUCCCUUUUGCUGGAUAAAAGCCUGCAGUCAUUUGCUUUUAUUUUUAACAAGUCUCUGAUAUCUCCUAAGGAAUCCCAGCCCACUGUUCUUCUUCAGUUUGCCCCACAUGAUUUUAAUGGGAUUCAAGUCAGGGCUAUAUUCAGGCCUGUCAAUAACAUUCACUUUGGUCUUCUGGAUGUAGAUCUUCACCAGGAGUGAUGUAUGUUUUGGGUCAUUGUCAUGUUGGAAGAGAAUGUGACAACCCAGACUAAGUUUUGAUGCUGACUGCAGAUUAUUUUUCCUGAAAUUUCAAUUCCACUUUGACGAUAUUCCCACGUCCAGAUGCACUGAAGCGCCACACAACACAAAACAUUUUCAACUUCUUUUUUAUUUCAAGCAUUAGCAUAAGCAUCUGACCUGGCUUUCAGUAUUUCUAAAGGUUGUCUUUCAACCUCACAAUUCAUUCCUGUGCAGGGCUCCAGUGAUUAUCUUUUUUGAGACAACAAUUUCAUACUGUGUGUAAAUUGGAAAAAACCCUCAAAUGUGACUUGAUUUAAAAGCUUUAAUAAUCUUUACAAGUUAAAAUGCACCAUUGCACAGCAGCAGUCUGUUAUAUGACUCAAUAAAAAAGGCUGUUCUUUUAAAGGGGGAAUUAAUAUUGACACGUGAU